UCACAUGGCUGCGUAUUUUGCGUAACCGCGAGUUGAAAGGAAAUAAUGUUUUGGCUGCUAACUUUCGGCUGCUCAAGUAACAUUUAAGUAUUAAUAUAUUGUCAGUUUUUACUAGAGUUGUGGACACACGUUCGUUGAACAACAUUUACAAUUUGACGUUGACCACUUCCUCGAGUAGUCUCAUAUGCUGAGACUUUUAUAUUUCGCUGUAAUGUAGUAAUUUCGAAAAUAAUACUCCAUUUUAACUUGAAUUGAAUGGAAGAGUAGCCUUUUCAGUUAACUUGGAAGCAGCAAGUUUUCGGAUAAAAAUGGCGCCGUUGACUUUGGUGGCCUUAACUGAAGAAUGGAUAAUGAACAAAUUGGGAUUAAGUCAUCAACGCCUUGGGGAUGUUCGUUCACUGAGUCUCCCUGGUACAUACAAUCAGAAAAUCGGAUACCUGGGAAAUGGACUGGCCAACUUUGAACGUCUGAAAUCUCUGAAUCUUUCGCAUAAUUCAAUAGUCUCUGUUGAGGGUCUGCAACAUUUGAAACAUUUACAGUUCCUAAAUCUCUACUAUAAUUGCAUACCUUCCCUGGAAGAGGUAAAGGUCCUCUUUGAGUUGCCGGUUUUGAGAGAACUUGAUCUGAGACUCAAUCCUCUGGGCAAGACUGACCCGAAUUACCGACUUUACGUCGUGCAUGCUAUGGCCAGCCUGCGCAAGUUAGACGGAUGUCUGGUCAAAGAUGCUGAGCGCAAGUCGGCCAAAAGGCAGUAUACACAGCAAAGAAAUCGUAAUAACCGACAAGCCUUAUUGGAGCGCCUCAGCAGGAAGCUCUCUCUGUUGAAUGACACUGAUGGUGUUGAGUUGAACCACAAUGGCACCAAUCACAGAAACGUCAGCUACUCAAAUGCAGAAUUACAGUCUUCUCAUCAACAGCAGGCUCAAGAACACCAAUAUCCCAGUUCUCACCAUUCUGGCUCAAACCCCGUUUUGUAUCCUUCAUGGGUGACUGAAGUUGCGGGCACACCGACACAAGCAGAAAACAAGCAGCAGGAAAGUUACAGGAAGCCCUUGGGAGAACUGCUCGACCUCUUGGACAAACAUUGGGUGGGAGAGAGAACCCUGCAACUUAACACCAACUUCCUGACUCAGAUUGUCCAGAUUCUCUCUGUGAUGGAAAACCGUAUCUAUAAUCAGGAUGCUGAGAUAAAGACCUUAAAGGAGGAAGUGGGAGCGUUGUGUCUUUUUGCAGCUACGCAAGAACGACAACACAAAGCUGAUGUGAACAAAUUCACCGCUGAUCUGGGAGAGCUCAACGUGCAGCUGAGGGUUGCCUUGGAGGAGAACGUCGCCCUCCGUAAAGAGUUGCUCACAUCAGAACGCAUGUAUCGCCAGUAUAUGACAGAGCACCCGCCCAUUUCUCACAAUAUUGAGGCUCAGAGAAGGGUGGAGGAGGUGAAGGAGGAGUUGGAAGAGCUGAGGAGAAGAGUGAAGCAGGCUCAGAGCGCCAAUGAACCUCCUCAGGUCAGAGCCGAUGGGAGUCUCAACAACACUGCAGCACAAUGAAUGCAUCAAGAUUGCGGCUGUGCUGCCCAAACAAGCCGUAACAUGACACUUUCACUUUCACAGCAGAGGUGGUUGGUGGGCCUUCUUUUUUUAUUUUCAAUAAUGCACUACAAAUCAUGAACACACAAUUAAGAGGUCUAAAGAACAAGUACAUAGAUCCACUGCAUGCACCGGAGACACAAUAGCACAUUAAAAUGUUACGGGGGGAAAAAAGAA